AUGAACCGUUGCGAAGAACAUAAACUGGUAUUGGAGAGUUACUGCCAGGUACACGGCUCAUUGUGCUGCAGAGAGUGCAUCACAUCAAACCAUGGAACUUGUGAAAAUAUUAUACCUCUAGGUGAAGCAGUCGCCGGAAGCAACGUCACUGAUGAGGUUAAAGAAACAGUUAAAGUUCUAGAAACUCUUGUAGCAAAGUUUGAAUCAACAAGAAAUGGAGAAAGAGAUUCAUUGAGGUCUGUGGAUACACAAGGAAAGGAGCUUGAGAAAAGAGUGAAAACGUUUCGACAAAGUGUUGAUAAGAUGCUUGAUAAACUUGAACUGUCAAUGAUAAUGAAAAAAGAUGAACUAGCCGGAGACGAGGUAAAAGUUAUAAAACAAAGAUUAGGAGUUUGUGAAACUGCAAUAGAAAAUCUAAAAGAUGGACUGCAGAAAAUGAAAGCAAUACAAAGAGGCAAAAAUGAACAAAAGUCUUUCAUAGCAGUAAAUACAGUGAAGGUUCUGAAAAACAGGUAUGAAGAUAUUCUGGAUGAAAUUGUUGAUGGGAAAGGUACCUUUAGUCUCAACUUCAUACCAAAUAAGGACCUCGUGCAAGCGCUUGAUAGUCUGGGUUCUAUCAACGUUAAAUCAACCAUUCGUCCUGCUGAAAUUUCAAAGGAUGAUAAAUUAGAGCCAAAGCUGGCUAAAAUAGCUGAAUUGAAUGUUCGGGCACCCUGUGACACAUCAGUAUGCACAAUAUCUGGAUGUAUUCCUUUUUGUGAAGAUAGACUUAUACUUGCUGAUGAAACAAACAAAAGUGUAAAAGUUGUCGGUCCUGAUAAAACUGUAGUCUCGUGGAUUAAGCUUGAUUACUCCCCUUGGGACAUUGUUGCACUGUCUGAGCCAGAUAUCGCUGUCAGGUGCAGCUUCUCUGAAACAGUCGAGGAAAACAACACAAUUUACAUACUAACUGUCGCUAAGGAGAUAACAGAAAACAGAAGUAUCGCUGUUGAUGGCCGUCCAAGAGCCAUUGCAUAUGACAGUCCGAAAUUGGUUGUAGCUGUUUCGAAAGACGAUAGAAUUUCUAUUUUUAUCUUGCACGAAAAAGAUGGGAGUGUAUUAAAAACCAUUAAACCUCGGAAGAACAUUUUAAAGGAGCCGCAAUACAUUUGUCUUGAUCCAGAAAGAAAUAUGAUAUUCAUAUCUGAUUUCUAUAAAGGUAUCACUGCACUCUCUUUCGAAGGUGUUGUGAUCUUUGAUCGUGUCAACGGAAACACGACGGAAUAUGGAGGAAUAACUGUAGAUGAUAGCGGAGACGUCUUUGUGUGUGCUGGAAAACCGUAUGGAAUAUAUAAGGUGGCUGUUGACGGGAGUGGAAUGACGCCAUUCGUCACGUGGGAAACAGAAGACAUUGACCCACAGGCUUUAACCUAUUGCGAAAAUAACAGAACGUUUGUUGUUACUUCGUGCAACUCGGAUAAAGCAUUCGUAUAUGCUUACGUGUGA